ACAGCUGAAAAAGUGAAAACCCUAAUCCAAAACUCCUCCUGCUUCUCCUCCUCCUCCUUCCUCACCGCCUCUCUCCCUUCGCCUGCAACUCCUCGGAUUCCAGCUCGGAUUCAGACACGAAGCAAGACCAAACCUUUCCACCCUCCCUUCGUAAAUCGGAUCGAGCCGAAACGUGGGUCGACCUCAGAUCCUGCAACCGAGCUCUCCGCUUCGUUCCCCCCGCCCCUUCAAUGCCCUCCGCCAUGGGAGUCAACGACUGCGGGAGACCCUACAAGCGCCUCAAGCGGAGGGUGACCGCCGACCUCGCCGACUUCCUCUCCUUCAACUCCGGCUCGGCCGCCGCCGCCGGAGAGCUCUCCGAAGGGCCCUUCCGGUCGAGGGUCGCCGAGUUCCUGAGCACCCGCGCCCGCGCCACCUUCCCGCCGUCCCCCUUCUCGUCCCUGGCCGCCUGGAGGGUCCUCUUCCGCGUCGGCGACCUGGACUCGUCCAAGGUGGUGGUCCCUCUGGACGUCGUCGAGGAGGACGUCACGAGGUCCAGAUCCGUGUACUGUGACCAGUGCCGCGUCGUUGGGUGGAGCGGACAUCCGGUGUGUCGGAAACGGUACCAUUUCAUCAUAAGGAGGUCCAACGAGACCAGUCUCUCCCAAGGCAAAUGCCGCAAGGCUUGUUCCAGAUGUGGCAACACCUUCCUCUUAUCCGAUUCCAGGUGCAAAUGGUGCGACUGCGAGAUAACGUUGGAGGAUGUGGAGGACUGGGUGUACUCGCAGCUGGAGAGCAACACCCAUCUCCUGCACGGGGUCAUCCACUCCAACGGCUUCGGCCACUUGCUCUCCCUCAACGGCCGAGAGGGCGGCUCCACCGUCCUCUCCGGCCGCGACAUCAUGAACUUCUGGGACGGCCUCUGCACCACUCUCUCCGUCAGGAAGGUCAGCGUGAUGGACGUGUCGAAGAAAUACGGGAUGGAGUGUCGGCUGCUGCAUUCGAUCGCUCAUGGCCACUCUUGGUAUGGCAACUGGGGCUACGAGUUCAGUGCAGGAAGCUACGCAUUGACACUCGAUGCGUACAAGAGAGCCAUCGAUUCGCUCUCUAGCAUGCCCCUUUCGCCCCUUCUAUUCCACAGCCGGAAGCCUCGGACUGCCUUGCAGAGAGUCAUCGCUUUCUACCUAGCCAUAGCCGAGACCGAACUUCUAACGCUGCAAGACCUCUUCUCCUUCAUGCUGGGUCUAAUCCGCGAAGACGGAGGGGUUUCUAAAGACCCGUCCAGGAAGAAACCUCGAACUUCAAAGGUGUUAUGUGCUUGGUCUAAGGACGACGUUGAACGCGUGGAACAGGCUAUGGUGAGAGUUUUAUCAGCCGCGGCCGGUGAGGCUGGCUGGGUGAAAAGGUGUGCUCUUAAAGGUGCCUUGUAUAGGUCUGCUUCUCCUGAGCUUCUGGACUAUUGCCUCAAACACCUGGGAGGGAAAUUGACGGCCGAUGGGAUGGUAGUCCGGACCCGUUACAACCCCGCGACAAGUGCUGUCGAAUUCAGGCUUGAGACUCCGAGUCUUGGAUACGACAGAUCUCGCUUCCAGCUUAACCACCGCCCAUCGAGAGAGCAUGUGAUUCGCGACCUUAGGUUCCUGUACGGUUCUUUGAUUUUUCCGGAAACAAUGGUAAAUUAUAGACCUCAGACAACAAGAGAGCGUGUGCGCGAUUCAGCAACAAAGCUUCUUGAUUGCAAACAGUUUAUGAAGGAUUAUGCCUCAGAUGAAAAAGCAGUUAAAUCCCCACUUAACAUUCACCUUUGGUGUCAUGUGGAGCUCUCGGACCAUUCUAAGGAUGAAUUGCACCUACCUCAGGAACUAAUCGUGUUGCCCUUGAAUGCAACUGUGGCCGACCUUAAAGCCAAAGUGACAAAGGCUUUCCAAGACGUGUAUGCGAUGUUUAAACGGUUUCAGGCAGUGGGCUUCCCAGAAUAUGGUCAUAUCGAGGACUCUCUCUCUGUUAAGCUAUUGACCGGUUUGAAUGGGUCUAUUCGGGUUCAUGGUAAGUGCCUCUCGAUGCAUGGGCUCAACCGCUUUCGGAUGGAGAGGGGGAUAGAGAACUGGACGGUGGAUUGUGACUGUGGCGCCAAGGAUGAUGAUGGAGAGAGGAUGUUGGCUUGCGACACAUGCGGGGUUUGGCAGCAUACCAGGUGUGCUGGAAUCGACAAUUCAGACUCCGUCCCUUUGAAAUAUGUCUGCAAGAGGUGUUUGGACCCGUCCGUUCAAGUUAUGAAGGCAUCGGGCUCUGGUGGUAACGCCACCAAUAUGGAUUUUCCUAUCUCAGGUGCUACUUGCAGGGUUCAAGCAAUGCUAACUGAUGAUAACAAAGUUGGAAGCAAUGUAAAUGUGUCGUUUGGUGUCCCCAGAGUGUAGAUUUCAUGUUUUGUAUAUUUAUGCAGUCAUGCGGUUUUGCCACCCUGGAUCAGCAAAUAUGAGCUGCUGUGAUGAAUGGAUUCAUGUGAUCGGACAGUUUUGUAAAGAAUGAAAAAAGAAAAUGUAAAGAGAGUAUUUAGGAAGUAAUGUUUUAUCCUGUGA